AUGCGAUUGCUUGUCUGCGCCCUUUCCCUCUCAGGCUUGGUUGGUCUCUCCCACUCCCUCGCCAUCCGAUCUAAUCUCCCGAGCAGUCCUUUUGCAUGGAGCACCGACUGUCCAGGGACUGGCGAGCCUGGCGGCGUAUACAUAGAAACGACGGGUCACGGCAAGACGAAGGGGAAAUGGCGAAACGCAAGCGAGGCCACGUCCUGCAUCUUGAAAGUAGACUUGUUGAGAGAAGUCAACGAACGUCACUCAUCGACCUGUGGACUGGUAUAUGAACAAAGAGUCACAAUUAUCAUUAACACAUUCAACCAGCGCCAGCACUUCCAAUACGUGGCCACCUACAAAUACCGGCAAGCGCACCGCGUCCGAUGCAUCCACACCACAAUACUCUCCAAGUCCACCUACGAGCGCGAUACGUCAGUUCAACAUAAUCUCCCAGCUCAUACAUACCACACCACGAGCACUACGAUGCGCGCCCUCACCUACAUCAUCCUUGGCUCGAGCCUCACCUUUGUCUCUCUGUCGGGCACAGUCCAGCGGAGGUGGAGGAGUCCUAGCGCGGAGCCUCACAACGCCCGAACCUGCCCCGACACCGGCGAGCCUGGCGGCGUAUACAUAGAGGCUCAGAUCGGCAAAGACGGUCUCCACGUAUCUUACCAUGGCGAGUGGUACAGCGCCGAGCAAGGAACGAAGUGCGUCAAGAAAGACGAUUUGUUGCAGAAAGUAGUCGGAACCGAGAGGGCGCCCGACAGCUCCAUCUACGUGAUCGGCCCCGAUAGAGGGGGACACUGCAUGGUCUUCCAUUCAGACGACUGCGCGGACCAGACAGGCAUGCCUUUGGAUAAUCCGGAGGGGCUCCCGCUUGUGUUCAAGAAGUAA